AGUUUAGUUCUUUGCAAAAAUUCUUACAGAAGGGACGCAAAGUUUGUAAAAGACUAAAAUCAAAAUGAAAUUUUUUACGCUGCUACUUAGUGUAGCAUUUCUAGCAGCUGGUAUUGCAACAGUUAAUGGUAAACUUACUGAGGAACAAAAACAUGGUAAGUCUACAGUGACAGCUGUUAAGCCCACCGCAGCUCCUCUAAUGACUUCCACUACUGCUCCCACAAAAGCACCUAAAGUCUCAGUUACACCUACCAAGCCAGUAGCUGUUAAAACUACAGCUAAACCUAAUAAUGCCACCAAGAAAGAUAAUAGCAGCAGCAAACCUGUUGAGAAAAAGACCGAAAUGAAACCUACUGAAAAGACCACCAUGGUUAAGGAUAUGAAAAUGGAAGCUUUACCCAUUGAAAUGCCCGCCACAGUAAAAACUGAAGAAGCUAAACCUCUGGCUGUUACCGGUUUCAUUACCAAAAAUGGUGAUAUCUAUGAAAUUGAAGAUAAAAAUGGCAUUGGUAAAAUACAAUCUCGUCAAGCUGAUGACGAGGGACAACAUGUUUGCAAUUAUGGAUCUAUUGUCAUAUACAGUGAUGUACCCUGUGAUCAGGUAGCCAAUGUUAAAGUAAGUGAAGUUGAAGAGAAACCAGCUCUUGGACAAGCUCCUGCCACGCAACAGGAAAACAAACCUGCCGAAAAUAAUGAUGAUAAAAAGGAAAAGGAGACUGAAGACAAAGACGACAAAGAAGAUUUAGAUGCCCAAAAACAACCCGCUAGACGUCGUCGUCGUCGUCCCAACAAUAAACGUCGUAACAAGAAUAAAAAAUUGAAACAACAACAAAAACGCAAUAAAAAUCGUCGUAAUGGUAAUGCUCAAAAUCGUCCCAAAAACACCAACAAUCGUCGUCGUUCACAACAAAAUCAAAAACGUCGCCGUCAACAGCAACAACAAAAUAAUCGUCGUCGCUGGGAAGAAGAAGAUUAUGAUGACUACAAUGGCGAACGCCAAUAUCAAAAUCAACGUAGACGCAAUCAAAACAAACGUCAACAAGCUCAACGUUAUACCUCCGAUUAUGAUGAUGAUGACUACUGA